CUUGGCAAGAUUUUCUUCUAUAAACAACAAACUGUAAAGUCCAAAACAUAGACUCUGUAUUAGCUGAUUUUGUGAAGACGAAAAGAAAGAAGAAAAUGGAGAGAUUUGCAGAGCUGAAAAAAGCAGUAGAAUCAGUGGAAAUAGUAGAUGCUCAUGCCCAUAAUAUUGUAGCACUUGAAUCCACUUUUCCUUUUCUCAACUGCUUUUCUGAAGCAGCUGGUGAUGCCUUAUCCGACGUGCCACAUACCAUCAACUUCAAGAGAAGCCUGAAAGAAAUCGCGGGAAUAUAUGGCUCAAACUUAUCCUUGCAUGCUGUUCAAGAAUCUCGCCAGCAGUUUGGGUUGGAGCCGAGUGCUGCUAUUUGCUUCAAAGCUGCAAAAAUCUGUGUCUUACUUAUUGAUGAUGGAAUAGAGUUGGACAAAAAACAUGACAUCGAAUGGCAUAGAAAUUUUGUACCAACAGUUGGUAGAAUUCUACGAGUUGAGCGUGUAGCUGAAAAGAUUCUUGAGAAGGGUUCAAAUGGAACAUGGACAUUGGGAUCAUUCAUGGAAAUUUUCACUGAUGAGUUGAAGUCAUAUCCUUUGAUUAUCUGACAAUAUAUUCCGGAAUAUUGCAAAUAUGUAUUUUUCUUGCUGCUAACUAAUUAUGGUUCCAAAAGUUUUUCCUGAUCUUUCUAUACAGUAGCAAAUAAAGUUUUUGCAUUUAAAAGUGUCGUAGCAUAUCGAAGCGGUCUUGCAAUUAAUACAGAAGUUACUGAAAAGGAGGCUGAGGAGGGCCUUAUUGAUGUUUUAUGUGCUCGGCAUCCCAUCCGAAUCUCAAACAAGAGCUUCAUUGAUUAUAUCUUCAUGCAUGCUUUGAAGGUGGCUCAAAGUUAUGACUUGCCAAUGCAAAUACACACAGGUUUCGGGGACAAGGAUUUGGAUCUGAGGCUAGCUAAUCCCCUUCAUCUUCGAAAUCUUCUUGAGGAUAAGAGAUUCAUGAAGAGUCGCUUAGUGCUUUUACAUGCGUCCUAUCCGUUCUCAAAGGAAGCUUCAUAUCUGGCUUCUGUGUACCCCCAAGUCUAUCUUGAUUUUGGGUUGGCAAUUCCUAAACUUAGCUUCCAUGGGAUGAUAUCCUCAGUAAAAGAACUCCUGGAGCUUGCCCCAAUGAAUAAGGUUAUGUUCAGCACUGAUGGCAUCGCAUUUGCUGAAACCUUUUAUUUAGGUGCAAAGAAAGGGCGCGAAGUAGUGUUCUCUGUUCUACGUGAUGCAUGUGUUGAUGGUGAUCUUUCAAUUCCAGAAGCUGUUACAGCCGCUAAAGAUAUUUUUGCAGAAAACGCAAAGCAAUUCUACAAGCUUGACGUUUCUUCAAGAUAUUCUGUUGCAAAACCUCCUUUAUCAUCUUCCUUCCAGGAGCAAGAGUUAAAUGGCUCAUCGAAGGAUGUUACCUUUGUUCGUAUUAUUUGGAUAGAUGCCUCUGGCCAGCAUAGAUGCCGUGUUGUUCCACGGCAACGUUUCUAUAGUUCUGUGGAAAAGCACGGUGUAGGCUUAACUUGUGCAUGUAUGGCAAUGAGUUCAACAUCUGAUGGUCCUGCAGUGGAUACUAAUCUCACCGCCUCGGGAGAGAUCAGAAUCGUUCCUGAUUUAUCUACCAAAUGCAGACUCCCGUGGGGAAAACAACAAGAAAUGGUUUUGGCUGACAUGUACAUCGAGCCUGGUAAAGUUUGGGAAUAUUGUCCAAGAGAAGCAUUGCGCAGAGUCUCCAAAAUUUUAAAAGACGAAUUCGACUUGGUCGUGAAUGCAGGCUUUGAAAAUGAAUUUUAUCUUUUGAAGAGUGUAUUGAGGGAUGGAAAAGAAGAAUGGACACCAUUUGACAGGACUUCUUACUGUUCUACAUCAGCAUUUGAUGCUGCAUCCCCAAUACUUGAAGAGGUUUUCGCUUCUCUUCAAUCAUUGAAUAUUACGGUCGAACAGUUACAUGCAGAAGCUGGGCACGGUCAGUUUGAAAUUGCUCUGAGAUACACAGAAUGUUUUAGAGCAGCUGACAGCUUAAUUUUCGCACGUGAAGUCAUCAGAGCUGUUGCAAGGAAACAUGGGUUGCUGGCAACAUUUGUGCCAAAGUAUGCAUUAGAUGAUAUUGGUUCUGGAUCGCAUGUGCACAUCAGUUUAUCCAGGAACGGAGAAAACGUAUUUAUGACAUCUGGUGAAUCAAAUCGGUAUGGGAUGUCAAAGACUGGGGAAGCAUUCAUGGCUGGGGUGUUAAAUCAUCUUCCUUCCAUAUUACCAUUUACUGCACCGCUUCCUAAUAGUUAUGAUCGCAUACAACCUGGAACGUGGAGUGGAGCAUACCUCUGUUGGGGAAAAGAAAAUAGAGAGGCACCAUUGAGAGCUGCUAGCCCUCCUGGAGUUGCACAUGGCUCUGUAAGCAAUUUUGAAAUUAAAGCAUUUGAUGGAUGCGCAAACCCAUACCUAGGUCUUGCUGCUAUAAUUACUGCUGGAAUUGAUGGGUUGCGGAGAAACUUAAGCCUUCCAGAACCUGUUGAUGGUGAUCCUGAUAUCCUUAAAGAGAAUCUUCAAAGAUUACCAGUAUCUCUCGCCGAGUCUGUAGAAGCUUUAGAGAAAGAUACACUUUUCCGAGAUAUGAUUGGUGAAAAGCUUUUGGUUGCCAUCACAGGAGUUCGCAAGGCUGAGAUCAAGUACUAUUCUGAAAAUAAUGAGGGAUACAAAAACCUCAUAUUCAAAUAUUAGGGUGAUCAAAUGUACUGUGAGAUCACUAUUGUUCUUAAUUAUUAUU